ACCCCCAAACCCUCUCACCCGCGGCAGUCCGGUGCGAGGCCCCCUCCGGAAGGUGAGGGGAAUGGAUUGGACUCCAGUGGGGAAAGCGGGUGUCUAGAAGUGGUGCUAAUGGGAAGAGAAUUCUGGUUUCAAAAGAGGAUGCUCCGCCACAAAGAGCGGCUCGCGCGCUGGCCUGGGCUCUAGCCGAGGAGAGAUCCCGGGAGAACUCCAGAGCUCCGGGGGAGCGCUCCUCGGAAGACCGGGGCCAACAUGCCUGUGCGCAGGGGGCAUGUGGCACCACAAAAUACAUUUCUGGGGACCAUCAUUCGGAAAUUUGAAGGGCAAAAUAAAAAAUUUAUCAUUGCAAAUGCCAGAGUGCAGAACUGUGCCAUCAUCUAUUGCAACGAUGGGUUCUGUGAGAUGACUGGUUUCUCCAGGCCAGAUGUCAUGCAAAAGCCAUGCACCUGCGACUUUCUCCAUGGCCCCGAGACCAAGAGGCAUGAUAUUGCCCAAAUUGCCCAGGCAUUACUGGGGUCAGAAGAAAGGAAAGUGGAGGUCACCUACUAUCACAAAAACGGGUCCACUUUUAUUUGUAACACUCACAUAAUUCCAGUCAAAAACCAAGAGGGUGUGGCUAUGAUGUUCAUCAUUAAUUUUGAAUAUGUGACGGAUGAUGAAAAUGCUACCUCUCCACAGAGGGUAAACCCAAUCUUACCAGUCAAAACUGUAAACCGGAAAUUUUUUGGUUUCAAGUUUCCUGCUCUGAGAGUUCUCACUUACAGAAAGCAGUCCUUACCACAAGAAGACCCUGAUGUGGUGGUCAUCGACUCAUCUAAGCACAGUGAUGAUUCAGUGGCCAUGAAGCACUUUAAGUCUCCUACAAAAGAAAGCUGCAGCCCCUCAGAAGCAGAUGACACAAAAGCUUUGAUACAGCCCAGCAAAUGUUCUCCCUUGGUGAAUAUAUCUGGACCUCUUGACCAUUCCUCUCCCAAAAGGCAAUGGGACCGACUCUACUCUGACAUGCUGCAGUCAAGUUCCCAGCUGUCCCAUUCGAGAUCAAGGGAAAGCUUAUGUAGUAUACGAAGAGCAUCUUCAGUUCAUGAUAUAGAAGGAUUCAGCGUCCACCCCAAGAACAUAUUUAGAGACCGGCAUGCCAGCGAAGACAAUGGUCGCAAUGUCAAAGGGCCCUUUAAUCAUAUCAAGUCAAGCCUCCUGGGAUCCACAUCAGAUUCAAACCUCAACAAAUACAGCACCAUCAACAAGAUUCCACAGCUCACUCUGAAUUUUUCAGAUGUCAAGACUGAGAAAAAGAAUUCAUCUCCUCCUUCUUCAGAUAAAACCAUUAUUGCACCCAAGGUUAAAGAUCGAACACACAAUGUGACAGAGAAAGUGACCCAGGUUCUCUCUUUAGGAGCAGACGUCCUACCUGAAUACAAACUGCAGACACCACGCAUCAACAAGUUUACGAUAUUGCACUACAGCCCUUUCAAGGCAGUCUGGGACUGGCUUAUUCUAUUGUUGGUCAUAUACACUGCUAUAUUUACUCCCUACUCUGCAGCCUUCCUCCUCAAUGACAGAGAAGAACAGAAAAGACGAGAAUGUGGCUAUUCUUGUAGCCCUUUGAAUGUGGUAGACUUGAUUGUGGAUAUUAUGUUUAUCAUAGAUAUUUUAAUAAACUUCAGAACAACAUAUGUAAAUCAGAAUGAAGAAGUGGUAAGUGAUCCCGCCAAAAUAGCAAUACACUACUUCAAAGGCUGGUUCCUGAUUGACAUGGUUGCAGCAAUUCCUUUUGACUUGCUGAUUUUUGGAUCUGGUUCCGAUGAGACAACAACAUUAAUUGGUCUUUUGAAGACUGCUCGGCUCCUCCGUCUUGUGCGCGUGGCCAGGAAACUGGAUCGAUAUUCAGAAUAUGGCGCUGCUGUUCUAAUGCUCUUAAUGUGCAUAUUUGCCCUGAUUGCUCACUGGCUGGCUUGCAUUUGGUAUGCGAUUGGGAAUGUAGAAAGGCCUUAUCUGACUGACAAAAUCGGAUGGUUGGAUUCCUUAGGACAACAAAUUGGGAAACGUUACAAUGACAGUGACUCAAGUUCUGGACCAUCCAUUAAAGACAAAUACGUCACAGCACUUUAUUUUACCUUCAGCAGUUUAACCAGUGUAGGAUUCGGGAAUGUGUCUCCUAACACGAAUUCGGAGAAAAUCUUUUCAAUUUGUGUCAUGUUGAUUGGCUCACUAAUGUAUGCAAGCAUUUUUGGGAAUGUAUCUGCAAUUAUCCAAAGACUAUACUCGGGAACUGCCAGGUACCACAUGCAGAUGCUGCGAGUAAAAGAGUUCAUUCGCUUUCACCAAAUCCCCAACCCUCUGAGGCAACGUCUUGAAGAAUAUUUCCAGCAUGCAUGGACUUACACCAAUGGCAUUGACAUGAACAUGGUCCUAAAGGGUUUCCCAGAAUGCUUACAAGCUGACAUUUGUCUACAUCUCAACCAGACAUUGCUGCAAAACUGCAAAGCCUUUCGCGGGGCAAGUAAAGGUUGCCUCAGAGCUUUGGCAAUGAAGUUCAAGACCACUCAUGCACCUCCAGGAGACACCCUCGUUCACUGUGGGGAUGUCCUCACUGCACUUUAUUUCUUAUCUAGAGGCUCCAUUGAAAUUCUCAAAGAUGACAUUGUGGUGGCUAUUCUGGGAAAAAACGAUAUAUUUGGAGAAAUGGUUCAUCUUUAUGCCAAACCUGGAAAGUCUAAUGCAGAUGUAAGAGCCCUCACAUACUGUGACUUGCAUAAGAUUCAGCGAGAAGACUUGCUAGAGGUUUUGGAUAUGUAUCCUGAGUUUUCUGAUCACUUUCUAACAAAUCUAGAGUUGACUUUCAACCUAAGGCAUGAGAGUGCAAAGGCUGAUCUCCUACGAUCACAGUCCAUGAAUGAUUCCGAAGGAGACAACUGUAAACUACGGAGAAGGAAACUGUCAUUCGAAAGUGAAGGAGGCAGAGAAAACAGUACAAAUGAUCCUGAAGACUCUGCAGAUACCAUAAGACAUUAUCAGAGUUCCAAGAGACACUUUGAAGAAAAAAAAAGCAGAUCGUCAUCUUUCAUCUCCUCCAUUGAUGAUGAACAAAAGCCGCUCUUCUCAGGAAUAGUAGAUUCUUCUCCAGGAAUAGGAAAAGCAUCUGGGCUCGAUUUUGAAGAAACAGUGCCCACCUCAGGAAGAAUGCACAUAGAUAAAAGAAGUCACUCUUGCAAAGACAUCACUGAUAUGAGAAGCUGGGAACGAGAAAAUGCACAUCCCCGGCCUGAAGACUCCAGUCCAUCCGCACUUCAGCGAGCUGCCUGGGGUAUCUCUGAAACCGAAAGUGACCUCACCUAUGGGGAAGUGGAACAAAGAUUGGAUCUGCUUCAGGAACAACUUAACAGGCUUGAAUCCCAAAUGACCACUGACAUCCAGACCAUCUUACAGUUACUGCAGAAACAAACCACUGUGGUCCCCCCAGCCUACAGCAUGGUUACAGCAGGAGCAGAAUAUCAGAGACCCAUCAUCCGGCUGAUGAGAACUAGUCAACCGUUAGCAUCUAUCAAAACUGAUCGAAGUUUCAGCCCGUCCUCACAAUGUCCUGAAUUUCUAGACCUUGAAAAAUCUAAACUUAAAUCCAAAGAAUCCCUUUCAAGUGGGGUGCAUCUGAAUACAGCUUCGGAAGACAACUUGACUUCACUUUUAAAACAAGACAGUGAUCUCUCUUUAGAGCUUCAUCUGCGGCAAAGAAAAACGUACCUUCAUCCAAUUAGGCAUCCUUCUUUGCCAGAAUCAUCCCUAAGCACUGUAGGAAUCUUGGGUCUUCAUAGGCAUGUUUCUGAUCCUGGUCUUCCAGGAAAAUAAUUCAUUUUGUACUAUUUACUCCACAUACAAUGUAAGUGCUUUUAAUGGCUGUUUUCCUUUUUCUAUUUAAAUCCUCUCUACUUGACUCAGGGGCUCACAAGGUACCACUAUAUGCAAAAGUACUGUAUAUUUUCCUAAAUUGAAGCUUGUAAGGUAAAAUUGAGCAGUUAGGAUGUAAAUAUACAUAAGAACUUUUGGUUCCAAAUGUUAAAACUGCCAGCAUCUCAUGGCACCUUAUUUUUUAUGUUUAUUUUUUAAAUCACAUGCAUGUUAGGAAACUCCAAUUUCUCUUGCAUGGAGACUCCUAUUUACUGCUUUUACUAAACCAGUACUUUGAUAUGAAAAUGCCUUCCACGCAAAUAAGAAACCAAGGGAUAAAACUGUUCAUGGAUGCAACUCAGAUUCAGAUGAUCCUCAACUCAU